AUGUCCCAAGAACCAAGCUACACCUGGCCCCAACAGCCGCAGCUCACAGAGCCCGGGCUGCCCGUGCCCCCGUGGUCGCCCGCGACGCCGGUAAGCGGCACACCCCCGCCGGGGGAGCGGUACGGCCCCCAGCGGCGGUCGCUUGCCCGCCCGUUUCCUGUGGCGAGGGAACGCACCCUGCCGAUCGUCGUGUCCCGCCCCCCGUCGGAGGACGACGCCGAGCUCGCUGAGAUACUCGCCCCACCGUCGAUGGCGCUCACGGAGGAUCAGAGGAAGCAGGCCGGGGAAGGCACAGAGGCUGUUGCCGCGUGGGUGUCCCGCCUUGCCCUCGACAAGCCGAGCACGCCGACUAGCGGCACCCUCGACGCGCGCGCGCCGCCGUACCGACCUCGCGACGCAUACCGCCCGCACGAAGCCCCACCUGCGCGUCGCCCGUUCUUCCCACCCGGGCUGCCGUUCCACAUCCCAGCAGACUCGGCAUGCAAGGGCCUGCGGGCGCGCAUGGCGACCACACACCCCGACGACUGGCACUACCACGUGCGGUACAACUACUCGUCGUCGCGGUGCUACGUCAUGUUCCCCAUCCCGUCCGACGUCACGCCGGCCGAGAUGCGCGCCUUGAUGGAGGAGGACAUUGGGCGCGUGUUCUCGGUGAAGAUCACGGACGGCGUCGCGGUCAUCGUGUUCGAACAGAUGCUCGCGUUCCCCGCGCGACGACACUGUAAGUACCUUAUGGCGGGCGAGUAG